AUGGGGGAGAAGCUGUCGAUCCUCAAGACGCUCGUUAUCCCGGCCAUAGUCUCCCUCCUCAUCUUCCUCCUCCUGACCUACAUCGUCAUCCCCCUCUACCGCCGCUACAACCAGUACAUCCCGCUCGGCUCUGUGUCCCCCGUCUCCCUCCGCGACCGCCUCUUGACGCGGAUCGCCGCCAUCGCCAACCGGAGGGAGGAUAGUUACCUCAACCCGGAUGCCCAGACCAUCGACCACCACGACGAGCAGAUCGACGAGGGGGAGGAGCUCGGCGACGUCGACGAUCAUAUGCGGCUCGUCAUUGCGAGCCAUGCGCGCGCCACUCGGCAAGACACGACCAGGCGGCUAAGCAGAGAUCUAGAGGAGGGCUUCCGAGACGAUAGCGAUGACGAGGCGCCACCACGCCGAUAG